AUGUUGUUAAUACGCUUCAGUGUAUUUAAUUUGUUGAAUCAUUGCACACUUCAACAGUGCCGAGGUGGUGUGUCGGCUUUGCAACUUACAAAACGACGUUUGCUGUUGCUAACAUGGCAGCAUCUGACCGGCAAAUGUUUCAGGCCGCCUGCACCCGAAGCUGAACUGAAGCGUCGCGCACCUGUAAUCACUAUAAUGGGGCACGUUGACCAUGGCAAAACAACACUGCUUGAUCGCUUGAGGAAUUCUCGCAUUGUUGAAAGCGAAUUUGGUGGUAUUUCGAGUGAAGUAUUUGUAGUGAAAGGGGAAAACUGCGAGAUGACAUUUUUGGAUACGCCAGGGCAUGCUGCGUUUGCGAAGAUGCGUGAACUAUCUGCAGUGAAAGGAGAAAACUGCGAGAUGACAUUUUUGGAUACGCCAGGGCAUGCUGCGUUUGCGAAGAUGCGUGAACGUGGCGCACAUUCUACUGAUAUUGUUGUUUUGGUGGUUGCUGCUGAUGAUGGAGUGAACGAACAAACAGUGCAGUCCAUUGCGUAA